AUGUCAGGUACAGAAGGAGCUGGAGAUAAAUGUCACCUGGCCAGUCAGACGGAGUGUGACAAGAAAUUCAAUCAAGAGGGGAGACUCAAUGUACAUCAGCGCAUUCAUACAGGAGAGAAGCCGUACCACUGCUCCCAGUGUGGCAAGAUUUUCACUGGAAAAGGAAAUCUCAGAGCCCACCAGCGUAUUCACACAGGAGAGAGGCCGUAUCACUGUGCCCAGUGUGGCAAGAGAUUCAAUCAAAUGGGAAAUCUCAAAACCCACCAGAGAUUACAUACAGCACUGGGUGAGAUACCGUAUCACUGCUCUCAAUGUGGCAAGAGAUUCAGUCAAGUGGGACAUCUCAAAACCCACCAGAGAAUACAUACAGGAGAGAGGCCAUACUCAUGCACACAGUGUGACAAGGGUUUUGUUUCUUCAUCUCAUCUCAAGAAACACCAGCGUAUACAUACAGGACAGAAGCCGUACCACUGCACCCAGUGUGGCAAGAGUUUCACUGAAAAAGGACAUCUCAAUGUCCACCAGCGUAUUCACACAGGAGAGAUGCCGUAUUGCUGUUCUCAAUGUGGCAAGACAUUCAAUCAAGUGGGACAUCUCAAAACCCACCAGCGUAUACAUACAGGAGAGAGGCCGUAUCACUGCUCCCAGUGUGGCAAGAGUUUCACUACCGCGACUCAUCUCCAGCGACACCAGCGUAUUCACACAGGACAGAAGCCGUACCACUGCACUCAGUGUGGCAAAGAUUUCAGUGAGAAGGGAGCACUCACUAAGCAUCAGCGUAUGCACACAGGAGAGAGGCCGUAUCACUGCAAUCCAGUUCAUCCAGCCAUUCUCUGA